AUGAAAAUAGACCUUCUCAAUCUUCGUUGUAAGGCGGUCCAAGCCAUCAACGAUGCCUUGAAGUAUCAACCACCGGACCGCGUCAAUGAUGCACUGAUAGGUGCGAUAGCGAAGAUGGGAAGUUAUGAAGCGAUGUACGGGGACAUGGCGAGUUAUAGCGUGCACAUGAGAGGACUCACCCGGGCGGUUGGGAUGCGAGGCGGUUUAUCAAUGCUUGGUCUGAAUGGAUUACUCCGCCGGAUAGUGGUCUGGAUCGACCGCAACGCUGCCUUCCUGCACGGAUCGGCGCUCUAUUAUCCUGGCGCUACCUUUGCACCGGCGUGGGAUCAGGAGUUAAUAGGAAGUUCUCUUUUUUUCAUCCUGCCACCUGUCUUUUUUCAUUCCCCUGUUGACGACCGCAACGUGGCUCUCACGUCGUGA